UGAGGAAGAGUCCCGCAAGCAGGAUAUGAAAGAAGAGGUGAUGGUCGUCACUGCUAAACGACCCACCCCUAGAGCUCUUAAACCUAACCAGAAAGGGUUUAAGGGUAAGAACCAGCAGGUCCGCCCCCAUCAGAAUGGUGCCUCUCGAGGUAACCAAAGGGUCAUGGCCCAAACCUCUAAGAAUGACCCACCGUUUAUCUGCUUUAACUGCGGAAAACCGGGUCAUAUGGCAAAAAAGUGCAGGAACAAGCAUAACCCCGCCGCUGCGGCCAGGGUUAACUUGACAGAAGAGGAUUUGGUAGCCAUGAUCACAGAUAUGAUCGCUGAAGUUAACCUCACCGGUGACUCAGAAGGAUGGUGGCUGGAUACAGGUGCAUCGAAGCAUGUAUGCAACAAUCGUGCUAUGUUUAAAACAUACGAAGAAGCACCUGCUGACAAGAAAGUGUUGUUGGGAACUACUCACACC